AUGCCAAUGAAAUUUGGUAAACGUCGUUUGAAGAAAAAUAGCCUAGGGAUUGUUUUCAAUACACUAAUAUCUUAUCCACUACUUAAUUUCUCGUUACUGUAUACUUGUGCGAAUCUAGAGAGGGUUAUCUUACUUCAAGUUGGGUUUAAUGAUGCAAAUUGUCGUGCUCCACUAUUAUUGGGUUUGAAAUAUCUUCUGACCAUUGAACGAGACCUUCGCCAAAUCAACUGCUUAAACAGAAUUAUAUCCUUCUUCGCUUUUAAUAAUUUUGUGUGCCCACUUGCUGUAGAACAGUUGACGGGCCUUCUUCCUAUGGUUAGUAUCAAUACGGCCAAAGCACGUGGUAUUACCAAAUUAAAAGGAACUAAAAAACAUCAUUUAAAGAAUUUUACAGUAAAUCACUUUGGACCAUCUCGUUGGGUAUACAUGAAAAAGUUAGAUAGUGCUCCUCUUGUGCAUUGUCUGGACAUCCAUCAAUCAAGUCAAGCUAGUGGUGAUUCUAGUCCUUCCAUUCUUGUGCAAAUCUGGCGUAAACAAUUUGUUCAAUCUAGAGAAUGUAUUUCACUAGCAGAUCUGACUCAGUUACCAUGUUGGCGGUGGUAUACGGCAGCUGCUUCAGAAAAGGAGAGAAUUCCCAUAAACGAACACAUUGCCAAUCAUUUUUGA